AAUGCGUCACUCAAUCUGACAAUCUCGAAGUUUUCCGAAGAGUUUGUCCUGUUUUCGAUUUGAUAAACAGUUCCAUUUUCGAAAACACAAAAAGGAUGGUGGGCGCGAUGCCUGUUAAUAUAAUACCAAAAUUUUACAACAGCACGAUCGGUGGUUGUAACGGUAUGGAAGAUGAAAUACAAGUAUCUAUCGGUAGUAGAGUGAAGAGUGGUGAUGAUAUUGGCAUUGUAAAAUAUAUCGGUGAAGUGCAGGGUUACAACGGGAUAUGGUACGGAGUAGAAUGGGAUGAUGUUGCUAGAGGGAAGCAUGACGGUUUUGUUGACAACAUCCAGUAUUUUAAAACCACGAAACCAAAUGCUGGUUCUUUUGUUCGUCCGAACAAGAUAUCACCUUUGAGGACUUGCGCUGAUGCCAUUCGGAAGUACUACGGUGAUCGCGAGGAUGAAACCGUAGCUGCUCAUCGUAGAACUGUUAUCAAUGAGUGGAAGAGAGAAAUGGGUGCUCCAUUUAUUGAAAUGGUCGGAUUUGAGAAGAUACAUCAGAAACAAAAGUUUGACCGUCUCCAAGAGGUGUGUGUUCAUGACCAGAAUGUGUCUACCGCUGGUGAUGUUGCUUCCCUUUGUCCGAAUGUCCGCAGUUUAGAUGUCUCUAGGAAUUUAUUUUCCAAUUGGCGUGAAGUGAUUCAACUCUCCGCUCAGUUGCCUGAUUUGAAAGAACUGGAUGUUAGCAAAAACCGUAUGGCAAUAGACAUGCCGGUGGAAACAUUAUCCCAGUUGUCUAUAAACUUUGCCAACCUUGAGAAACUUAAUUUAUCAGUAUGUGAUUAUGAGUGGUCCGAUAUUCUAGUAUUGUCACAUCUCUGGCCGAAAGUAAAUGAAAUAAUAGCAGCGUAUAACAGAAUUAAAAAAAUAACAUCACCCGAUAUCACUCUACGUACUUUAACGAUAUUACGUUUGGAUGGUAACCCAAUUGAUUCAUGGAAUGAAGUGAACAAUCUCGGAAGACUGAAAAAUCUAAAAGUGUUAAGUUUGAAUGAUUGUAAAAUUUCUGAAAUAAGAUUUAAUAAUGAUCCAGGGAAUGGGAAAGUUGAUAUUUUUGAUAAUUUGGAAGUUUUAUUUUUGAACAGGAAUCAAAUUAAUGAUUGGAGAUCAAUAAGCGAGUUGGAUAAAUUGAGGAAUUUAAAAAAGUUAUAUUUCUUGAAGAAUCCAAUACAGAAUAGUGAAGAUUACGAUACUACUUCACAGCUUGUUAUCGCUAAAAUAGGCACUUUACAGGAACUAAAUGGUUCAAUAAUAACCCGUGAACUCCGUAGAGGUGCGGAAUAUGAUUAUCUCAAGAGAUAUGGUGCGGAGUGGAAACUAGCUCAAGAACAAGAUGCACAUAAAAAAGCGUUUGAUACAGAACAUUGUCGAUUCCAGGAACUUCUUGAUAAAUACGGUAUACCGGAUGAUAGUUUGUUAGUAAAACAACAGAAGAAUACAACUCUAACAUCACAAUUAUUAGAAAUUGUACUACGCGAUGAAAAUGGAAAAACAUUAAAAAAGAAAUUCCCAUCAACUAUGGCUGUACAGAAACUGGUAACACUCACACAAAGACUGUUCUCGAAGCAUGGCAACACUGGAACGCCGACGUUAAAUCUCGUCGACGAUCAAAUGAAAGGCGCUGAAAUAACUCUGGAUAAUGUUAUGAAAGAUCUCGCUUAUUAUUCAAUAAAAAAUGGCGAUACAAUCCUCGUUAGAUUCAGAUAAUGUGGAAACUGGAUAUUUUUACAUGGCAACACUAAAACGAUAGUUUCGUUAAUUGGCUUUAUUACAAAUGAUUUCUUUUGUUCUAUUUAACAAAGAAAGCUUUGUAUACGACUAAAAUUGUUUAUUUAUUGCGAAUUAAUAUUUUCCAAAAUAAAUAUCCUAUUUUAUUUUAUUUUA